UCCCCCUCUCCGGACAGCGCCCCGGUGCAUUGUGGGCGCAGUCCGUUGUUCAUUUGCCAUUCGACCUCGGCCGUGCAGGAGGAGACGCGGCGUUUUGUGGGCGCCAUCUACACCCGGCGGCGGUCAGCGAGUACGGGAGCCGGAGCUUGUGAGCGGCCUUUGCGCGGCAGUACCCAGAAUCCCCCGCGGCUCCGGCAGCCUCCUCAGCGGGCACGUCACGUCUAGUAGCGGGGGAGGCGGCGGGUCCCCCCACGGGACUGUGUGUGUGAGAGAGCGGCGCGGACAUGGCGGAGAUGAACCGCAGGACCCUGGCCUUCCGUGGAGGAGGAGGAGGCCAGGCCGCCCCCGGGAACAAUAACAACAACAAUGGCGUCAGCUCGGGGCUCCUGCCUGUGGACGAGGCCUCGGCCUGGGCGCUCGGCCGGCAGCUCAACGGCGGAGGCAACGGGGACGAGGAGGUAGAGGUGGAGCUGGAGCCCGAGGGCCUGCUGGACGACGACGAGGAAGACAACGAGGCCUUCCCGGGGGAGAACCGGCAGAGCGUGGCCGGGGGAAGCGGAGGGGACAGCAGCGAGGACGACGAUGAUGAAGAGGAGGAGGACGAUGAGGAGGACGAGGGCCGCGGGGAGCAGGGGGCGGCCGGGGCGGAGGACUGCGCCACCAUCCCGGGAGACGGGCCCCGCCGCUACGGCCUCCUCCCUGCCGCCCGCAGCCAGUCCCUGCUGCCCAGCCUGCACUGCACCUUCCAGGGCUCAUGGCUGCACGAGUUCCCGUGGCUUCGCUUCUGCCAGGAGACCGGCCUCAUGUCCUGCGCCUGGUGCCACAAGGAGCCGGCCGGACACGACGAGCUGGCCAAGGGCACCCGCACCUACAAGAGGGCCCUGCUGGUCCGGCACUGCCAGGCCGCCGAGCACCGCCUCAACGACCCCGCCGCUCAGGAGCCUGAAUUAAAGCAGGAGGUGCCAGAAACAUACAGUGAAUAUAGUGUAAAGCCAAAUGAGAAUUCCUACUGUUACCAGCUUCUGCAGGAACUAAAUGACCAGAGGAAGAAGGGCAUUUUGUGCGAUGUCAACAUCGUGGUAAAUGGCAAGGUUUUCCGAGCUCACAAGAACAUCCUGGUUGCAGGCAGCCGCUUUUUUAAAACCUUAUACUGUUUCACAAACAAAGACAGCCGUGACCAAACCACUGUUACGUACUUGGACGUUGUCGCCGUUCACGGGUUUUCCAUCAUCCUGGACUUCAUGUAUUCUGGUAAUCUUGUACUCACGAGCCAAAACGCCAUAGAGGUGAUGACCGUGGCCAGCUACCUGCAGAUGACCGAGGUGGUCCAGACGUGUCGCAAUUUCAUCAAAGAUGCCUUGAAUAUAAGCAUAAAGUCUGAAGCUCCAGAGGCGGUUGUUGUCAGCUAUAACAAAAGAAAGAACAGCGAGGGAAAUGCUUCCCGGGAACAAAAAUCCGCCAGCUUCUGGGCCACCCGCAACCUUACCAGUUUAGCGAGCAAUGCAAAGAUCGAUCCAGAAAGCUUCAGCGUUGAAGAUACCUCCACCGAAAACUUUCAGGCCAAUGAUUCAACAUGGAUCCAGGAUAGUUCUCCUGAGGUCACGGAAAUUGAGCCACCAGCUCAGGGAAAGGUGUUUGUAUGGAAUGAUAUGGCUUCUAAUUCAGUAGGCGUGCAAGAGGUUAACAAGCAAAGGAGGAAAAACCAAACUACAAAGAGAUUUGUUUAUAACAUCCCUCCAAACAGUGAACUUCAGGUAGACGGUAACACAAUGCUGCAACAGUCGGUCCCUUACCAAGAGGAGGAUGUGCAAUGCUUCCAGGAUGCAGCAGGGACCUCAAAUGAGUUUAAGUUCAGUAUGUUCCCCGAGACCUGGCAAAGGGAAACGUGGGAAAAUGGUGAUGCGUCGGCCGGGCUUAACAAAUUAAAAUGUCCUCACUGCAACUAUGUAGCCAAAUACAGAAGAACACUUAAAAGACACUUACUCAUUCACACAGGAGUGAGAUCUUUCAGCUGUGAUAUCUGUGGAAAGCUGUUUACUCGAAGAGAGCACGUCAAGAGACAUUCCCUGGUGCAUAAGAAAGACAAGAAAUACAAAUGCAUGGUAUGUAAAAAGAUUUUCAUGCUGGCAGCAAGCGUUGGCAUUCGGCAUGGGUCUAGACGCUAUGGAGUGUGUGUAGACUGUGUGGAUAAAUCUCAACCGGGGCUUCAGGAGGCUGGUGUAGAACAAGUGACAGACCAAGACUUCCCCAGGGACGAAGAAUAUGAUGACAAUGACCCUGUGGAGACGGUUGAUGCGGAUGAUGAUCUAGCUGAUGAAGAAGAUCAGAAUGACCACUCUCGGUGGUCAGAGCAAAAUGACCCUUCACGCUGGGGAGAACAGAACGAUCCGUCACAUUGGGAGCGACAGAAACCUCAACCGCGGUGGGAUGAGUCAGGAGAUGUUUGUAUGACAAUAGACGACUGACUGCCAACGGGCAUUUAAACUCAAGGGUGCUGCAGCCGGACGGGACGUUCACGUUGAUUGUCAAAACAUUACUGGACUGAAGGCUUACAAAACAUGGUACUGUGCUGGACAAUAGUUGUUGCUGUGAAAACUGUAGGGUCAAAGCCUUAUAGCAAAAAAAAAAAAAAAAUUCUUUUUUUUUUUAAUUUUUAUUUUAUUUGCACAGGACUGUACAGUAUACAACCAUUUGGUUGCAAUUUAGUCUUUACAUCUCCAUCGGUUAUCAAAGAAAUGUAUUUUUAUUUAUAGGAUAUAGCUAUGUCGGUCCUAUCAGAGCCUAAAAACUACUAUUGUAACGUUAAUACAUGUCUCAAUUAUAUUUUGUUAGUAUGAGGAAUGAUGAGUUAAGUGUGUGAAUGUGACGUUCCAUACACUACUAGGGUAUGAAUCAACGUUCUUUUUUAUUUUUUUUUUAUUUUUCUUCAUUGCUAACCCUUAUGUCUCUGUAAGGAUCCAGCUGCACUGCUUUAAGCUAAACUGCAGGUCUUUUGUCUGAUGGGUGCGAGGGAAGUUAUUAUUUUUUUUUAUUAUAAUUUUUAUUUUAUUUUUUUUUGUCUCGGGACAUUAUCAACUGGGAGAAUCCAAGGCAGUGUUGGUAGUAGAUCAUCUAUCUGCCACAUAGAAAAUUCAGUUUUAUUUUAUUUUAUUUGUAUAAUUCACUGUAGUUGUGUUCAAAUUUUCUUCGAAUUUAAUUUGUCUGUAAAGUCUUUGUGAUCACCAAGUUUUUGUUACUGCUCUGUCCCUGGAGGUCGGGUCAAGUCACGUCUACAAACCCUGUGCAGCUGGGAGAACGGUCUGCGUAGCAUUAUGCAUAUAAAGGGAUUACCGCACGGGGUGAUCUGCAAGUCACUCUGGAUUGUAGGUUGAUUUCUAUCAUUAUUAUAUUUUUUGUUCAGUGACUAGCUCCUGAAUUGCUGCUUUUUUAUAUUAUCAGUGGUAUGAUUCUUCAUGACACAUGGCUGAAUGUAACCUUUUCUAGUAAGGCAGUGUAGAUUCCAGCUAAAGAAUGCUCCUGGUUCUUUUUAUCCUCCUCUACUAAACGUGGUGGUCAUUUCUCAUCAUAUGCAUGACUUUAGCACUUGGCCAAUUAUUCAGUGUUUUUUUAUUUUAUUUUUAUUUUUUUUAUUACAUUUUUUUUCUUUUCUCCCCCUUUAAAAAGCAGACUCUCUAUCAUGUCCUUAUAUUUCCCAAUCUCAUUUUCAACAGUUAAAGGGGUACUCCGGUGGAAAACUUAUUAUUAUUUUUUU